AUGCAACAUAUAACUGCAACUGAAGAUUUAACAAGUGUAGAAUGGCGUGAUACAAAUUGGUUAGAGAGAAUGGGUGGUUUUCAAAAUCAACAAAUGGUAUUAGAUUAUUUUGCAUUAUCUCCGUUUUGGGAUAGACAUUGUAAUAAUCAAGUUCUGGCAAUGCAAACUCAAUAUAAUGAUCUAAGACAACCAUAUGAAGUAACAUUAGAAGCUCUUCGUAAAAUGACAGGUAUUGAAUUUGCAGUGGUUCAUGAGCAGCCGCCUAUUUGGGUUAUUCAAAAAAGAUAUAGACGUGGACCACAACAUGAUGAUGUUAAUCCGAUCGCUACUUAUUAUAUAAUGGGUGCCAAUGUAUACCAAUCACCAACUAUUUAUUCUGUUAUUGCAAAUAGACUGGUAAGCACAUCAAAAGCAAUACUUGAACGAGUACGCUAA